GCAAUUAAGAAAACCAGAAAUUUCAACGUGUUUCAACCAAGUUCAUGAAUCCAAUCUCCCUAACCCAACCCAUCAAAUCCUAUAUAAAUCUCCCUUUCCCUUUUCGCCCAACAUCUCUCUCUCUCUCUCUCUCUCUCUCUCUCUCUCCCUCCCUCUCCCUCUCCAGAUUGAACUAAAUAACUACACGUUGAAAUUGAAUUCAGUACCAUAUAACAUACUGGUGCAUUUGAUUGGGAUAUAUAUGAUGGCUUACACAGAAUGCGAUUUCGAUGCCGACUUUGCUCUGCUCGACUCAAUUACCCGUCACUUGCUCUCUGAGUCUGAAACUCCGGCGACAUACUCGGGCAGUAUUACGGGAUCCUAUUCCCAGAUUAACACUUCAUUAUUACCCUCCUUUACUCACCAGUGGGGAGAGCUUCCGCUCAAGGAAACCGACUCCGACGAUAUGCUAGUGUACCGUAUCCUCGACGAGGCGGCGGACGUUGGGUGGCGGCCGCCGUACGCGGAGGUGGAAACCACCGCCGCCGAGGCGAUGAAGGAAAUGGAGAUUUUGCCGGAGGCGGCGGUGCCGGCGAGGGGGAAGCACUUCAGGGGAGUGAGGCGGCGGCCGUGGGGGAAGUUCGCGGCUGAGAUCAGGGACCCGGCGAAGAAUGGGGCCCGGAUUUGGCUGGGGACGUUUGAGACGGCGGAGGACGCGGCUUUGGCCUACGACAGGGCCGCGUUCCGCAUGCGCGGGUCACGUGCCCUGCUCAAUUUCCCGCUUCGGAUUAAUUCGGGUGAGCCUGAGCCUGUUCGGGUGAGAUCGAAAAGAUCGUCAACCGAGCGAUCUUCGUCACCCUCGGAGAAUGGUGAGCCAAAGAGGAGGAAGAAGGUGGCGGCGACGGCGGAGCCAGUGGCGGUGGCGGUUCAGCCUAAGUUGGAAAUGGAGGGGAGUGGAUUUGAGGGCGCUCUAAUAACAAAUAUAAAAGUAAAUUAGAAAGGCAGCCGAAGUACUGAACCCAUGUUUGUUAGUAUCAUUGUUUGAUUUUGAUACAUUCUUUUCUUUGAUCUUCUGUUCUAUUAAAUCUUAUGGUAUGAAAAUGUAUUACUACCAUCUUUUCCA